ACAGACUCUCAUAAGGUCUCAUGCGUUCUCUCGCGCGAGAUCUUCUUCCCGGAAGCGACUGUGCCGGUGCCGCGUGUGAAGAGCCCGUGAAGGAUCGGGGGCGUUCGGGACCAUGGAGUAUCUGAAGGGCCCCGCGGCGAGCAGCCCCGGCUGCGUCCUCUGCUGCGAGUGCGGUGUCCCCAUCCCCCCCAAUCCAGCCAACAUGUGUGUGGCCUGUUUGCGGACGCAAGUGGACAUUAGUGAAGGGAUUCCCAAACAAGUUUCAAUUAACUUCUGCAAACAGUGUGAAAGAUAUCUUCAGCCACCGGGAACAUGGAUACAGUGUGCCUUAGAGUCAAGGGAACUUCUUACUUUGUGUUUGAAAAAAAUCAAGGCUUCUUUAAGUAAGGUACGGCUGAUUGAAGCUGGCUUUGUUUGGACAGAACCUCAUUCCAAGCGGCUUAAAGUCAAGCUGACUAUCCAGAAGGAGGUCCUGAAUGGCGCCAUCCUUCAGCAAGUGUUUGUGGUGGAAUAUGUGGUGCAGCCCCAGAUGUGCGAUGCUUGCCAUCGGGUGGAAGCCAAGGAUUUCUGGAAGGCUGUGGUUCAGGUCAGGCAGAAGACCCUACACAAAAAAACUUUCUACUACCUGGAGCAGCUGAUCCUGAAACACAGAGCACACCAGAACACCCUCCGCAUCAAGGAGAUUCACGACGGCCUGGAUUUCUACUACGCCCAGAAGCAGCAUGCGCAGAAGAUGGUGGACUUUCUGCAGUGCACGGUGCCUUGCAGAUCCAAGUCUUCGCAGAGACUGAUCUCCCAUGACAUUCACAGCAAUACGUAUAACUACAAAAGCACUUUUUCUGUGGAGAUUGUUCCCAUAUGCAAGGACAACGUUGUGUGUCUCUCUCCAAAACUGGCGCAGAGCCUGGGAAACAUGAGCCAGAUUUGUGUCUGCAUCCGAGUCACCAGCGCCAUCCACCUCAUUGAUCCGAACACGCUGCAGAUCGCCGAGAUCGAUGGGAACACCUACUGGCGGUACCCCUUCAGCAGCUUGUGCCACCCCAAGCAGCUGGAGGAGUUCAUCGUGAUGGAGUGCAGCCUGGUCCACAACCAGAAGGCCGUGGCGGGGGCCGGCAUGCGGUCCAACAAGCACAUGCUCGCCGAAGUCUGGGUGCAGAAGACAUCGGAGAUGAACACGGACAACCAGUACUUCUGCCGGACUCACCUGGGACACCUGCUGAAUCCCGGAGACUUGGUGCUGGGCUUUGACUUGGCCAACUGCAACCUGAACGAUGAGUACGCCAACAAAAUGAGCACGCAUCGUGUCCCUGACGUGGUCUUGAUCAAAAAGAGUUAUGAUCGUGUCAAACGUCAGCGUCGCAGGAACUGGAAGCUCAAGGAGCUGGAUCGGGAUAAAGAGACCAUGGACACAGAUGAUGAGAGGCAGUACCAGGACUUUCUGGAGGAUCUGGAAGAAGAUGAGACAAUCAGAAAGAAUGUCAAUAUUUAUAAAGCUUCGACAGCCCCCGUGGAGAGUGACACGGAUGAUGAGGGAGCCCCUCAGAUUAGCCUGGCUGAGAUGCUCGAGGACCUCCACAUCUCUGAAGAUGCCACUGGGGGAGAAGGGGCAUCCAUGAUGAGCUGAUGAGAUGCAUUUCAUCACAGGCCACGCUUCCCUCAUUUGGAAAAUGAGGGCUUGCACCGGGAAUCUCUGAGAUCCCUUCCUGCUCUAGAAUUAUUUGUUUCUAUAAAAUUUUAGGCCUUUUGAAAAUGUUUGAAGUCUAAAAAAUUGAGUAGAAAAUGUUUAUCUGCAUGUCAUAGAGAAAUAAAAUUCAUAUUGGGUUUCA